UCCAGACAACGAAAGUUGUGGCAAGAUUAGACGAAAGACACCGUCAUGUCCCAGAAGAACUACCUACACAGGCGAAAAUAAACAUGACCCCUUUGGCUCUGCCUACGCUCCGCCACUACCUUACAUGGAGCGUUCUGCUUCGAUUGACGUCAAAAUAACGAGAGGUUGAGGUCCAAAGCCCUUAUGUGAGAAAAAAUCUCAGAAAACCAAAGGGAACCACCACAUUUAUCGCGGGAACUAAGGCAGCACUGCUUCCGUUUCGCCGUUCGCGCUGUUCCUUGUUCCGGAACGUUCCUCGAGUUCAAACAACAGUCGUCAACUAGCGAGUCAAAAUGGCGGAAGGACAGAGAACACGGCGUGUUUUGCCGAACGAAGACUUGUCAAAUGUUGAAUUUGAAACUAGCGAAGAUGUCGAAGUUUUGCCAUCCUUCGAUUCUAUGGAACUGCGAGAAGAUCUGCUGCGGGGGAUCUACGCUUAUGGUUUUGAAAAACCCUCCGCUAUUCAGCAGAGGUCCAUUAGGCCCAUUAUCAAAGGGCGGGAUGUGAUUGCCCAAGCUCAGUCUGGUACAGGAAAAACAGCUACAUUCUCAAUUUCUAUUCUUCAAAGUCUUGAUAUUUCUGUGCGAGAAGUUCAAGUUCUUUGUCUUUCACCAACUCGUGAAUUGGCAGUCCAGAUUCAGAAGGUCAUUCUGGCUCUUGGAGACUACAUGAAUGUUCACUGCCAUGCAUGUAUUGGUGGUACCAAUCUUGGUGAAGACAUUAGGAAGCUGGAUUACGGAGUACAUGUGGUCUCUGGUACACCAGGAAGAGUUUUUGAUAUGAUCCGAAGAAGAAGUUUGAGGACAAGAUCAAUAAAACUGUUGGUACUUGAUGAAGCUGACGAGAUGUUGAACAAAGGUUUCAAAGAACAGAUUUAUGAUGUAUAUCGCUUCUUGCCACCCGCCACUCAGGUUGUGCUGAUAUCUGCUACACUACCUCAUGAAAUUCUUGAGAUGACAAGUAAAUUCAUGACUGACCCAAUCAGAAUUUUGGUCAAACGUGAUGAACUGACACUUGAAGGAAUCAAGCAGUUCUUUGUUGCUGUAGAGCGUGAGGAGUGGAAGUUUGACACACUGUGUGAUCUUUAUGAUACUCUCACAAUCACUCAGGCUGUAAUUUUCUGUAACACCAAGCGAAAGGUGGAUUGGCUCACGGAGAAAAUGAGAGAAGCUAAUUUUACAGUUAGUUCUAUGCAUGGAGACAUGCCACAGAAGGAACGAGAUGUCAUCAUGAAAGAGUUCCGCUCGGGUGCUAGCCGAGUCCUGAUUACCACUGAUGUUUGGGCCCGUGGUAUUGAUGUUCAGCAAGUCUCUCUUGUCAUCAACUAUGAUUUGCCUAACAAUCGUGAGUUGUACAUUCACAGAAUUGGUCGAUCAGGACGUUUCGGAAGGAAGGGUGUUGCUAUCAACUUUGUCAAGAGUGAUGACAUUAGAAUUCUGCGAGAUAUUGAACAGUAUUACUCCACGCAGAUUGAUGAAAUGCCUAUGAAUGUUGCUGAUUUGAUUUAGUUAUAAGGGUGAUGUGUGUUUUCAAUCCAACAAUCCAUGAAUGUUUUGGUACAUUAUUUUCAUUUUUUUUUAUUACUGAACGCAUAGAAGCUUAAUGUGCAAAGUUCCAUUGUAUUAACUUUAUAUCUGUAGUUGACUGUACAUACCUCUUUACCAAAUGAAUAAUCCCAUUCAA